AUGUGUGCGCACCUCCAAGCCACGGCCAGGGAUGCAGCACGAGCAGCAUCGGCGCAGUGGAGCAUCAUCUUGGUGGGGGCUCUCCACGUAGACUGGCACCAGCUGGGGCGGUACCCCUUCAGGACGCGGCGGAGCGAGUUCUCACCCAGGAGAAGAGACGACGCACUGGGUUCAUGGCUGGCAAUGAUGCUGACGUACACCUGCUGUGUGGGCCUUACUUACGGCGUCGUGGGCGCCACUCGUAAGAGCUGGGACUACGUUGUCUCGUCGUCCUUGCUGCACCUGCUGCUGUGCAUCAUAAUCAACCAAGCCUUUCCGGUCAACUGGAUCUGGUGGUUGACAAUUCUGUUGGCCUCAAUCAUCUUGUCGGUGGUUUCGGAGGUGGUCAACUAUUACCUGCGGGACAUGCGUGAAAUUGCACUGCCAAGCUUGGAGAGCUCCUCCUGA